CGAGCUUGGAGAUUAUUCUGAUCAGUCAACAUUCAUCAUCGAGUUCUCACCUUCCCGUGUGUGACGCCAGGAAGACGGCCAUCCACGAGUGAUUCCACCGCUUGGCUUUACUAAAAGGCUUCGAUCCGUUUGCGAUCGGUAGAGUCCAAGCAGCACCUGCCACGAAAACAGGGCAUCCGAGAUGAAGCCACUUGCUAUUUCCAUGGGGUAUGCAAGCAGCCGGUGAACAACAUCAGGCACGCCCACACAAAACUUUUGGGUCAACGGAUCAUAGAUUUCAUCGCACGAGCGCCUAUUUGUAUCGGAUUUCCAACCGCGAUGCCCUCCGUUCACGCAUAAUCCAUCGUGGGAUAUAUGCAGAUGGGAGUGAUGCCCCCCCUCUCGUUCUCCAUCUGCCGCUUCACGGCUCUGCUGCUGCUUCUCCUCUCGACCUUCCCCUGCCGUGGGUUCGAGUUCCAGGAGGCGACCAUCGACGGCAUCCAGCUGGCCUUCAGGGAGGGGAGCCUCACAUCCCGCCGGCUGGUGGAGUUCUACCUGACGCAGAUCCGCGCCCUGAACCCGCUCCUCCACGCCGUCAUCGAGGUGAACCCGGACGCGCUGCGGCAGGCCGAUCUGGCCGACCGGGAGCGCCGGAGCGGGCGCCGUCCUUGCGGGGGCCUGCACGGCAUCCCGGUCCUCCUCAAGGACAACAUAGCCACGCGGGACCGGCUCAACACCACCGCCGGCUCGUUCGCGCUGCUGGGCUCGAAGGUGCCACGCGACGCGGGGGUGGUGCGGCGGCUGCGACGGGCGGGAGCGGUAAUCCUGGGGAAGGCCAACAUGGCGGAGUGGGCCAACUUCCGCUCUCUGGACGCGCCGAGCUCGUGGAGCGCGCGCGGCGGGCAGGGCCGGAACCCGUACGUGCUGUCGGCGGAUCCGUGCGGCUCAAGCACCGGAUCGGCGAUAGCGGCGGCGGCCAACAUGGCAACGGUGACGCUGGGGACGGAGACGGAUGGGUCCAUCAUUUGUCCCUCGGACUUCAACUCGGUGGCGGGGAUCAAACCCACCGUCGGCCUCACCAGCCGGGCCGGCGUCGUUCCCAUCUCCCCGAGACAGGACACGGUCGGCCCCAUUGGUCGAACGGUGUCAGAUGCCGUGCAAGUGUUGGAGGCUAUUGUGGGUUUCGAUCAGCGAGAUGCAGUGGCAACUAAAGCAGCAUCGAAGUACAUACCUCGAGGUGGAUACAAGCAGUUCUUGCAGGUGGAUGGACUGAGAGGCAAAAGGAUCGGGAUCCUGAGGGCAUUCUUCACCUUCCCAAAUGGAUCUGUCCAACAAAAGGUCUUCGAAGAGCACUUCAACACCAUGAGGCAAAAAGGAGCCAUCUUGAUCGACAACCUUGAGAUAUCAAACUUGAGCAUCAUUCUUGACGCCGCGCAGAGCGGUGAAGAGGUUGCAUUGCUGGCUGAGUUUAAGAUGGCACUGAACUCAUACUUGUCAGAGUUGUCCUCUUCACCUGUACGAUCUCUUGCAGAUGUGAUAGCUUUCAACGACAAACACAGGAUUGAGGAAAGAGUAGAGGAAUUUGGACAGCUCGUGUUUCUAGCAGCUCAGAACACUACCGGAAUAGGUCCUGCUGAAAAGAGUGCCAUUGCCAGAAUGACUCAGCUUUCCAUCCAAGGAUUGGAGAGGUUGAUGAUGGAGAACAGAUUAGACGCAGUGGUCACAGGGAAUAUUGGUGUCACUUCCGUUCUGGCGAUUGGGGGGUACCCAGGCAUCAGUGUUCCUGCGGGGUAUGGCACAGCUGGAGAUCCCUUUGGGAUAUGCUUUGGAGGAGUGAAGGGCUCAGAACCCAAGUUGAUCGAGAUUGCGUAUGCGUUUGAGCAAGCAACAAUGGUUAGGAAACCUCCAUCAUUCAGGAAAUGAAGCCAGUUGAUGGAAGGUCUCUUAGCUUCCAGGUAACCUUUGUGACGUUGAAGAGAAGUGGCUGUGGAACAUUCUCUGGAAUAAAGUUGGUCUUCUAGAUGAGGCACUUGAAUG